AUGGCUGGGCAGAAGAAGGGCAUGUAUGGAAGCAUCUCUCUACGGGACUUCGCACAUCUGGCGACUGUCGUCAUCCGACUUCCCUUCGUGGGCCUCUGGCUCAUAACCAAGAACUUGCCACGACUCGGAAAGCCUCGGGAGUUCAAGCGCACAGUCGGAGCAUCAUUGACUCGCUGGGUGUUCUCCAAAGUGAACGUCGCCGAGAUCCAAAAACUCUCACCAAACUCUCUGAAGACAUACAAGUCCUGGGCUAAGGGGAAGAAUCUACCUAUAAUAAUCGAAGACUUGGUCGAUGACACGACGUUGGUGUGGAUCGAGUCGAAGCGGAGAGACAAGGUUGUGCUGUAUCUUCAUGGUGGAGCGUAUGUGGCACCGCUACAGUCCUUUAUGCUUGAAUUUUGGCACUACGUGCAAAGUGAGCUGUCGAAGAACGAGAAGCACGUUGCCUUCGCGGUUCUCCUCUAUAGCCUGGUACCUGGUGCCCCCUAUCCCACCCAAAUUCGUCAAGCCGUUGUCGCUGUCGAACACAUCCUCGCCUCUGGUGUGCACCCCAGCGAUCUUCAGCUUGUCGGCGACUCCGCAGGCUGCAAUAUCAUCCUCGGACUCCUGGCUCACCUCAUGCAUCCUUUGGACGGCAUCCGGCCUAUAAUUGGGCUCACAGAGCCUCUUCGCGGGGCGUAUCUGAUGUCUCCCUGGCUGUGCAUGCAUAGCACGAGCACGUCCUUCCGGUCCAAGUCGGGGAAGGACACCUUCUACGCUGCGGACAUCGAUAGGGCAGGGCAGGCCGUCCUUGCUUCGGUAUCGGAGGAGCAGCGCAUUUAUCUGGAGCCGCUGCAUGCCCCAGACUCGUGGUUCCUCGGACUCGACUCAGUGGUCGAGAGGAUGUUCAUGUCGGCGGGAGGCGAAGAGCUCUUCCGCGACGAUAUCAUCAAGUUCUCGCAGACCCUCAGUCGGGUGAAAUCAAAUUUUACUUUUACGGUGCAGGAGGGUGGGAUCCAUGAGGAUCCGAUGCUCGAUUUUCACGUGAAGCUCCCUCAUGAUCAACUAGGUAGUCUGACACCGUUAAUUAUUCGAUGGCUGUCUGCUGGACUUGAUCCGUUCGAAUAA